AUGUUAAAGAUUGCAAGACGCGGAAGAAGUUUAUCUUUUAGAUGCUACGUGUCCGCGAUGUUCACAGUUGCGUUUUAUGUAUGGUUCAAUGUUUUGAAGUUUCAACGAAGCAUGCAUCAACCUCAACGGAUUCUCGCCUAUCAGUUCGCGUAUCCUUACAACACCCAGAAGAGUCCAAACUAUGAAAUAACUUUUUUUGUUCAAGUUACUGGUGGCGCAUAUUCGGCUCUAAUUAAUUGCACUGUUGACAGCUUUGUCUCGAUAUUCGUGCUACAAGUAUGUGCUCAACUGCAAAAUUUACGGUCAGCACUUAAUAAUAUAGUUGACGAAUUAGCCAACAAAACCAUAUCAACUUUGAAGUUUAAAAAAGGCCUAGCUGCAAUUGUUAUACGACACGAACAUCUCAUCAAAACUGCGAAUACAAUCGACGAAUGCUACAGCGGAGUGUUAUUUGUGCAUAUGCUAUGCGCCACUUUUCAGUUAUGUUUUGAAACUUUUCAAGUUUUCACAAUAAUAACAGAUAAUUUGGACGUGUCUAUUAUCAAAGUAGCUUUUCUAUCUUUUUAUGUCACUCUUGUGUUGACACACUUAUACAUUUAUUGUUAUUCGGCUGAAAGACUUUUAACGGAGAGCACCAGUAUGGCGUAUGGCGUGUAUGAAUGCAAGUGGUACAAUUUGCCACCAAAAAACGCAAAGGACUUAAUGAUUAUCGCACAUCGAUCUAGAAUUCCGCUUAAAUUGACAGCUGGAAAAUUCGGCAUUUUUUCACUGGAAAUGUUUGGAACAACAGUUAAGACAUCGAUGGGAUAUUUAUCCGCAUUGCUUACAAUGAAAGACUAG